UAUAAAGGAAAGCAUUUGCUCGCGACUCCAGUCUAGUCGCGUGCCAAGAUGCGUCCGGUUGUGAUCCUCGCGGGGAUCUUCUCCGUGUUCUGCCUGCUGCAGACUUGCCACGGUGCAGCUGAGGGGGUUAAGUAUGCGAACAAGGAUCUCCUGGUGAAGCAAAAGUUCUUCUUUGAGAUUCUUCGCAACAUCUAUCAGCCAUUGGAGUUUGAGGAGUAUCUGCCGUACACUAAAUCUUGGGUUGAAGAUGAUACCAAGUACACGGAUUAUGCAAAGGUGUCGGAGUUCUUCGCAUUGUUCAAGACGGGAUUUCUUCCGAAAGGAGAGAUCUACACAAUUUUCAAUUAUUGGUACAUGAAGCAGACGCAGCUGUUGUUCAACUUCUUCUACUAUUCCGCUGACUGGGACACGUUGUAUAAAAAUGUGGUUUGGGCUCGUGAGAACACCAACGAGGGAAUGUUCAUGUACGCGGUUACAUUGGUUGUGUUGCAUCGUAAAGAUUUGCAAGGAGUUGGAUUGCCGGCAGUGUACGAGCUGAACCCGUACAUGUUCUUCAACGGAGAUCUUAUUCACGAUGCCAUGGUGAAAAGAAUGUACGAUUCGGAGUAUGGGUUCCACUCGGUUGGCAAGCUGAACAGAGCUUUGAGCAAUUUUACUUCGAAAUUUUCCACUAAUUACUAUGGAGAAGGAAAAAUGGCUUAUUUCACGGAGGACAUUGGAAUGAACGCAUACUACUUCUACUACAUGAUGGAAUACAUUAACUUCCUGGGAGGUGACGAAUUCGGAUUGAAAUACGAUCGUCGUGGAGAGCUGUUCCUGUACAUGCACCAGCAGCUGAUGGCUCGUUACAACCUUGAACGGCAAUCAAAUACGAUGGACUUUGUCGAGAUGUUGCAGUGGAACUUCCCCUUAAAGACCGGAUACAACCCAAUGCUGCGCUAUUGGAACGGCGUUCCCAUGCGAUCCCGAGACAGCGAGUUCACCUUGAAGGGUUACGAUCCGAUGAAGUUGCAAACCAUGCUGGAGAUCGAGCAACGUUUCAAGCGGGUUAUCGAUCUUGGAUACUACACUUUGAGCAAUGGAACGGUCGUCAGCUUCCGAGCUCCAGAAGCCGUUGAUUUCCUCGGAAACAUGAUGGGAGGAAACGCCGACAGCAUUGACCGGGAUUAUUUUAAGGCAUACGGCAUAUUUGCUCGCAUGAUCCUCGCUCAAGGAGACUUUUACGGAUUCACGUCCGAUCUCUGGCCGGGUGCCGUUAUGCAAAUGGAAACAUCAAUGCGCGAUCCAAUCUACUACCAAUUCGUGGAACGUGCGCUUGAUCUUUACUGGCGUUUCAAAUCCUACCUGCCACCGUACACCAACGACGAGCUGAACUUCCCUGGAGUUGAGAUCAAAGAGUUUUCCAGCGACAAAUUGAUCACCUACUUCGAACAGUUCGACGCUGACAUCAGCAACGGACUACCCUUCAACUACAAGAAUUCCCAACAAAAAAGCACCUGGGAUUUCCGCGUAUUCGCUCACAAAAAGCGAAUCAAUCACAAACCGUUCAACUACACCUUAACCGUAACAUCCGAAACCUCCGGCAAGGGAGUCGUCCGGAUGUACAUGGGACCAAAGUUCACCAACAUCAAACAGCUAACCCUGCUCAAGAAGUACUUCGUCGAGAUGGAUCAGUACAUGGUGGACCUGGUCGCCGGAGAAAAUCUAAUCAAGCGCAGCACACGCGACUUUUACUACAACAUCCGCGAUCGUACGACCUACACCGAACUGUACAAACGAACCAUGCGGGCGAUCAAGGACGAGGAGCCACUUCCCCUGGAUCUUUCCGAAGCCCACUGUGGAUGGCCGGAUCGACUGCUUCUCCCCAAGGGACUCCCCAACGGAUACGAGCUGACGUUCUACUUCGUGAUCAGUCCGUUCCGAGCGCCGAAGGUAGCGCAGUACUCGACGUACGAUGCGACGAUCAGCUGUGGAGCGGGUUCCGGGUCGAAGUACACGGAUGAUCUUCCGUUUGGGUUCCCGUUCGAUCGGGACUUGGAUGUCGGUUCGUUCGUGACCAAGAAUAUGCUCUUCAAGGACGUGCUCAUUUAUCACUUUGAUCAUAUGGGUGAACUGCUGAUCGUUCGUUUGGAAAAGCAUCCUCAGAGCAGUGCUCGAACUGGAGAGAACAAGAUGAGACUGACGGUUGCAGCUAUCGCCCUCUGCCUGGUCGCCGUGGCCAGCGCAGCCUACGUUCCCGUGGACAAACCCGUGACCGGUGUCAAGUAUGCCGACAAGGAAUUUUUGAUUAAGCAAAAGUUCUUCUUCGAGGUUUUCCGUAACAUCCAUCUGCCUCUCACGUUCGAAGAGUACAAACCGUACACCAAGACCUGGGUCAGCGAUGAGACCAAGUACGUCAACUACAAGGAGGUGGUCGAGUUCUUCGACUACUUCAAGUUUGGCUUCCUGCCCAAGGGAGAGAUGUACACCGUCUACAACAUGGAUUACAUGAAGCAAACCUACCUGCUGUUCAACUUCUUCUACAACUCGGCCGAUUGGGACACUUUCUACAAGAACGUCAUCUGGGCCCGCGAGAAUGUGAAUGAAGGCAUGUUCAUCUAUGCUCUUACCAUGGCUACCUUCCAGCGCGCUGACCUCAAGGGAAUCGUCCUGCCGGCCAUCUACGAAAUCUACCCGUACUACUUCUUUAACACCGACAUGAUCCACAAGGCUCUGUAUAAGAAGCUGUACGAACCCAAGUUCGGUUUCGCUAGCAACGGCAAAUACAACGUGGUCUACUCCAACUACACCGCUGUGUACCCAUUGGACUAUUUCGGCGAGGAAAAGAUGAGCUACUUCACUGAGGAUAUCGGUCUGAACGCUUACUACUACUACUUCAUGAUGGACUAUCCGUUCUUCCUGGGCGAAUCCAAGUACAACCUGUUCAAGGACCGUCGCGGUGAGCUGUACUUCUACAUGUACCAGCAGCUGAUUGCUCGUUACUACCUGGAACGUUCUGCCAACUUCAUGGGACCGAUUGAGGAAUUCACCUGGGAACAGCCCAUCAAGACCGGAUAUUGGCCCAAGCUGAGCUUCUGGAACGGAGUGCCAUUCUACGGACGUUACGAUAACUUUGUCAUUGCCCCGAAGUACUUCUACAAGUUCGACAUGAUCAAGGACUACGAAGCCCGCCUGCGCCAGACCAUUGACAAGGGAUACUUCUACCUGGAGGAUGGAUCCAAGAUUGACCUGCGCAAACCCGAAUCGAUCGACUACCUCGGAAACCUGUUCAACGCCAACCCCGACAGCCUGGACAACGAAUACUUCAAGCACAUUGAAUUCUUCGCCCGCAACAUGUACAGCAACUCUGACAUGUUCUACUCCGGAUCCAAGGUUUGGCCGAGCGCUCUGAUGCAGUACGAGACUUCGAUGCGCGAUCCCUUCUUCUAUCAGCUGUACAACAAAUUCCUGUCUUACUACUGGCAAUUCAAGAGCUACCUGCCCCUCUACACCUUCGAGGAGCUGAGCUUCAAGGGACUCGAGAUCAAGAACGUUGUUUUCGACAAGCUGAUGACCUACUUUGAAUACUUCGAUGCUGAUAUCAGCAACGUCAUUCCGUCUGGCUUCACCGGAGAGAAGUUCUGGGACUACUCCAUCUUUGCCCGUCAGAAGCGCAUCAACCACAAGCCGUUCACCUACACCAUGGAUGUCUACAGCGAGUUCGCCGGCAAGGGUGUUGUCCGCAUGUACAUGGGCCCGAAAUUCUACGACGUUAAGCAGCUGCAGUACCUGAAGAAGUACUUCGUCGAGGUUGACCAGUACAUGUACGACUUUGUCGUUGGCAAGAACAGCAUCGUCCGCAACUCUCGCGACUACUACUGGAGCGUCCGCGACCGCACCACCUACAGCGAACUCUACAAGAAGGUCAUGACCGCCUACAAGGGUGAGGACAAGUUCGCCAUGGACAUGUCUGAGGCCCACUGCGGUUUCCCCGAUCGUCUGCUGUUGCCGAAGGGUCUGCCCAGCGGCUACGAAAUGACCUUCUACUUCAUCAUCACCCCGUACUACGCCCCCAAGGUCGAGCAGUUCUCCACCUUCGACUACUCGUACAGCUGCGGUGUUGGAUCUGGCUCCAAGUACAUCGACACUCUGCCGUUCGGAUUCCCCUUCGACCGCGAGAUCGACUUCAGCUACUUCUUCACCAAGAACAUGUACUUCAAGGAUGUCAUCGUGUACCACAGCGACGACAUGAAGUUGAACACGUCGUACUAAACACUACCGACCGACUGAUGAUGGACCGUUGAGCUAUUUCUGUAGGAUAUUGAAAUCCAAUAAAAUUAAUUGACAACCAAAA